UUAUUAGCGAAUUACAAGAACUUGUAAAAACAUUUUAAGUCUGGUGAAAAGUAAUAACUAAGAUAUUGUUGUCUUGACAUUUCUCGUAAAAUCAGCGUUAUAUAUCGGUUUGUAAGGAAAUAGAAAUAAUUAAUCAAGUAGGGAAUGGCGAGAAAGAAUCGGUUUGGAAAUUAUGAAUACACAAACAAUGACAAAGAAAGUAAUCCUGAAGAUGAGAAACUCCAGUUGUUGUUAUCUGUAAAAGAUACUGUUGAAGGAUUAUUAGCAAGCUGUAGCACCAAUGUAUGGAAUACUUAUGGAGGCCUAUCACGUCUCUGUGCUGCUGUUGAAGGAGUACUCUCUCAUGAAAUUAAACUUUCUCAGGGAUCAGGGAGCUAUUUGGAUUUCAUUCUUAACAUAAAAAGCUUAAAGCCAACACUUGCCCCCUGUGUAUUGUCAGAAAAGUUACAUUUGAAGAACGAAGUAACUAAUUCUCAAGAAUCACUAACCAGAGCUCACCUUUGGCUUCGGCAUAGUCUUCAACAGUAUACCCUAGCUUCACAGUUAGAAAUCUUGGUUGAAGAGAAAGAACUUGUCUCAAAGUAUUAUGAAGACAAUGCCUUCCUCAGUUCCCCAUCCUACACUCAAGCUCUGAUACUUUGCUUGAAAGCAGUUGAAAGUGGUCAGCCUUCACUAUUGGCUGAAUUGGAUCCAGAUUUGCUGGUUAGAUUUGGAAGUAGCAAGCUUAGAGAGAAACUGAAAAAAAGACAAAUAGUAAGAAGUUAUUCAUGUAUAGAAGACCUCUAUGAACUGAAAGGCAAUUGGAGGACUUCGUGUGUUAUUGAUAAAGAAGACAUCAAACAGCCGCUUGAGGAUAAAAUUGUCAGUUUGAGAAAAAAACAGCAAAGUUCUUUGAAAGUCAAAUCACCAAAUGGAAAAAUGGAAAAAAACAUCUACAGCCAAAUUAGGAAAGCGCUUAGUAUGUCGUACCCCACAGGAAAGAAAGGUGUGACAACAAUAGCCAAAAAAAGAUGUGCCAAAAAGCAUCAGAUGAAGAAACAUAGAUGGAAAACAAGUGCACAAAGGCUUAAAGGAAAGAAUUUGGAAAAAGAUGGUGCUGAUAGUUCUUCCUCUUCCACUUGUGAAUUUUUAGGAAUUAUGAAAUGUAAAUCUCAGCCUAAAUACCAUUCAAAAAGAAAGAGAACAAAAAGUGCGGGACCUCGUCUUCAGUUUGCAUCCGAAUUAGAAAAUAUUGAUUUUCCUAAAUGGCCAUUAGUAAGGACUUGGAGUUGUUCAAGCACUAAUCAUCAGUUGUUUAGAAAUCCAAUCUUUAAAGAUGUUUAUUCUUUUCAUGACUCAUCAAGUGCAUGGCCAUUAAGGAAACAGUGUUCAGUAACAGCAUCGAGCCUUAGCCUACCUACAUUUUAUGGAAGUCAAGUAACUACUAGUAAAGACAUUUUAAGAAGGUCAGUUAGUGACAGCAUUGUUUCUAUGUCUGAUUUUUUUGUUUGGCAGACUACAACUUCUAUAAGAAAUUUAGAAAAUGAUAUAAGUCUACAAAUAAUUGCUAAAUCUGAUGUUGAUGAAAGUGAGACUUCUGAUUCUUUAAAAGAAUCUGUUACAUUAGUUAAAGAAUCUUCCUUGUGCUACAUAUCAAAAGAAAUGCCUAACCAAGGAAACUGCCCAACACAUAAUAAAGUUGAAGGAGGAAGUAGCAGAACUGUGUCAGUUUCAGUGGAAGAGCAGACUGAUAAAAAAAUUGGAACAAUGUUCCUAAAUCAUUAUGUAAUAGCCCUUCUAAACUUCAUGUGAAAGCAACAUUUUAGGUCAAAAUCAGAUGUCUGUGAAACUGUCAGUACACAACCAACCAAUAUGUAUGCUGACAUCACAGAUGGAACGUCUCAGACUUCAUCCUCUCUCUCAUCAUCAUUGCCAUCUGAGUUUGUGAGGAAAACCAAUAGGAGAAAAAGUUUCUUAGAAGAAGGUGGCCGCAUUGUCACACCAAAAACAGAAUGCUUCUUUCCACAGCCACAGAAAGGUCAAAGUUUAAAGGGAUUUUUGUCUUCCCAGGAUUUUAAUGCUUGUGCUGAAAUGGACAAGGAAAAUGCACAUUUCUGCAUAUCUGAAGCAUUAAUUGGAGCCAUAGAGCAAAUGAAAUGCAAUCAAAUGCUGCAAAAAGCUGAAGAAGAAGCUAAUGAUAGUGAUGAAGAGAUACAAAACCUCAAACAGCGAAUUAGGAUAAGAAGACGAGAAAGACAACAAGAAAAAGAAAGAUUCAGGGGUCUUACACUACUUAGUGAUGGGAAAACAGACACCAAUACUAGCCACAGUACAUCUUCCUUAGCUACAUCACCUGGCUCAUCUGGGGUUGAACCAGCUACUUCAAGUGGUACAGAGGAAGAUGUUGAUGAGCUUGAUCUGUCUGAUGCUAGUGAUUCAAAACUCAGUUCUCUCAAAGAAAAUGGUCUUUCAUUAUCCAUGGCAUCUCUUUACUCAGAUGCUGAUAUUAAACGUGUGUCAUCAAUUGUUGAAGAAGAAAAGUUUUUUUCCCUUGAAGAACCAUCAAAAAGAUCAAAUGUGAGCUCUGUCUUGGAAACCUCAGGCUCCCAUGUGUCAGCAGAAACUGUAGCUUUGUGUCUCCUCAAAAAGUUCUCUGAACAACAACUUCCCAAAGCAUCAGAUCUACAAUGGCUGGUGUCAGAACAAGAUGCACCCCAAAGGUUACUUCCUCUGCCAGACUCCUGGCCAAUAUCACCUGAUGUCGUGGAAGAAGAGUAUAAUGUGGAAAAGACUCGUCUUCGUGGAAACCUAGAGUGGGCACCACCAAGGGCUCAGAUCAUCUUUAAUAUUCACCCAGAGCCAAAGCGAAAAGUAGUGAUUGCAAAACAAAACUACAGGUGUUCAGGAUGUGGUAUGAAGAUUGACAGAGAUUAUAUUAAGAGAUUUAGGUAUUGUGAGUACCUGGGAAGGUACUUCUGCCAAUGCUGUCACAGUAAUGCUCAGUCUUAUAUACCUGGCCGCAUCCUUUUCAAGUGGGAUUUUAAUCGUUAUUAUGUAUCCAGUUUUUCCCAAGACUUGCUGGAGAAAAUUUUCACAGAACCUCUGUUUAACAUUCUGGACAUAAAUCCUUCUUUGUAUCGUAAAGUUCGACAGUUGGAUUCAGUACGAGAAUACCGAACACAGUUGUUCUACUUGAAAGACUACAUAGGAACAUGUAGAAAGUGUGAAAGACUGCAGGAAGAAUUUGAUAAAUCUCACGCUUACCUGAUGAAUGAAGUUCACACCUAUUCAAUUCAAGAUCUUGUCCAGGUGAAGUCAGGGAAGGUACCAGAGAGACUACGGAAUCUUGUGUUACUUUCAGUAAGCCAUGUAAAACAGUGUGCACUAUGCCAUGGAAAAGGAUUUAUAUGUGAAGUGUGUAGAGAUGGUUGUGAUAUUAUAUUUCCAUUUCAAUUGACCAAAGUAACACAGUGCCAAGCAUGCUGGGCAUGUUACCACAAGAGCUGUUUUGUCCCAGGAAAAUGUUCAAAAUGUGCUAGGAUAGAAGCAAGAAAACGUCGUUUGGAAGAGGAAGAUAGCCGUCCUUUACCCUAGUAGAUGUUAUUGAAGAAAUUAUAGUAAUAAUAUAAAUGAUAAAACAUGUCUAGUCUGCUUACUUUGUAAAGUCUGGUGCUAAUUCUUGUUUCAGUGCAAAAUGAACAGUUUUAUUUAAUAGUAAAAUCUGCCUUAAUUUGCAAAAAUCUGUCCAGUCUGCUGUAUCAGUAUGUAUAACCAGUGAAUAUAGUCAGGAGAGCUCUGGAUACAUUAAAACAGUGAUGCUUAAAUGUUGGAGAAUUUAUAAAAUCAUGUACUGUAUCUUUAAUAAAAUAAAAAAACAUUAGUCUAAAGAAUUAUAAAAGAAGCCAACAUCUCAACCUUUGAGGGAGAUAUUUUUAGAAUGAGGGAAAAUGUGCCCUUCAGUGGGUGAAAGAAAAGUAGAUUCGAUUUUAGAAAAGCACAAAAAAACUUUAGUUGUCAUUCAGAUUAUUCAAUCGUUUCUAAUAAUUUCUAAUUUUUUUUAAGUAUUUUUUUUUCCCCUCUUACUACCAAUAAACAAACUGUGUUAAAUUAUUGAAAAUGUUUUUCGGGUAUAUGUAGCUACUAAAUAGUAAUUAGAUAAUAAUUACAUAUACUGAAAUAUGAAGCUCAAAUAUGGUAUAAAGUAGGGGUUGUAAUCCCAAAGUUUUUUUUCUAGUUUCAAGAUUUGAGUGGCUUAAAUCCCAGAAGCUGAAUUGGGAUUCUAGAUAUUUUAUUUAUUUAUCUUUUGUCUUGAUCAAAAAUAAUUCAAGUAUCUGCAUUCCUUAUCUAACUAAAAUGAUAAAAAAGUAAAGCAAACACAAAAGAUUGGUAAACUUUGUCCUAAAAACUGUUACCUUAAGAAUAUUUGAAUCAGAUACAUGUUGUAGGUGUGUUUGACCAUGGUACCAUCAUCCAACAAGAAGGGGUCAUUCAGUAUCCAGAGCAUAAGACAGGGCUGUUAAUAAUUUUUGCAGGGGGUUACUCCAUAAAGUUUGGUAAGUUGUCGCAGGCUGCACAUUCCUGUUCUGUUAUUUAAAUUACCUCAAUAUCGAUUGUAUAAAGACUCCAUUAUGUUAUUUCCACAAUUGCUGUGAGUCAUGGAGGGCAGGACAGAAAUGUCAGACUUGCGGGAUCUAGCCCACGGGCUCUAUUUUGCCUACCCCUGGUGUAAGCAAUUAUAUUUAAGUAUAAGCAGCUUUCUAUUAUAAAAUUAUUAUUAUAUAUUAUUAUUAUUAUUGUAUCAAAGAUUAAUUAAGAAACAGCAUUGAUUAAAAAUCUUUAAAUGUAGAAAGAUCAGAAAAUAUUAUAGAAAACAAAAACUAUUUUUAUGCAGCUUGCAUUAAGUAAAUGACAUAAAAAACAUAUUCAGUGAAUUACUUUGUAGAACUAUCUGAACUUGAAGGCAUAAACUGUAGUCUAGUGCAUUAACUGUUUGUCUCUACAAACUUUGGAAAUAUCACAACCUCCAAAAUGAUAGAUAUGCUAAUUAUAUUUAUACAAAUAUUUUAAGCCAAAUUAGAUGCUAUUUAAUAGGUUUAUCUGGUUUCAUGCAGUUUAAGUAUUACCACUAUGAGCAUACCACCUCCAGUUUAUAAAAAGUUAAUACAGUCUUGAAAGUUCUGGGAAUCUCAUUUAUAAAUCCUGGGAUUUUGGGAGCCCACUGGCUCAUGGGAUCCCCAGAUGGGGCUUCCCUAAGUGAAUUUCUUGCUCUUGAAUCACCUCAAGUAGAUGAAUUUUGUGUUGUUAAAAAAACAACAACUGUAAUUUACACUUUUUUUAAAACUCAGUUCAGUUCAAUAUAUCAAACUUAUCAAUGACAUCUAGACUCAUCCAGCUUUGUGAAAUCUAGAUAACAUUUUUCAAUUUUUUGAAAGUUAUGUAAUAUUCUAAGAUUGAUAUUUUGAAAUAAUUAAUUAGGUGUGCAUCUUUAUUAGAAUAUGCUAAGUUUGAAACAAUGAAACAUUUUUAUAAAAUGAGACUUUUUGUGUUAUUUGAUAAGAUUUAUUAAUGACUCAUAUUAUUUAUAAGUUUAAAAAUAUCUUUCAAAAUGUAUUUGGUUUCAGAACACUUUGAUGUGAACAGUAUUUCAUUUAAAAAACUUGAUUUUUAUAAGCUAAAUAUACAAGUAUUUUAAGCUGCAAUGUCUUGGUAAAUUAUUCUUCACAUAUUUGAUGUAUUUUUAGAUUGUCUUAGGUAGGAAUCUGACCAGUAUUUUCUGAUUCACCAUUUCCCUGAAACUGAAGUACAAAAGUAAAUACAGUUGUAUAUGUAAUAAUCGUUGAAUGAUAUAAACAGUAUUUUCAUAAUAUCUAAGCAAACCUGCCAUUAGUUAUCUUGGACCUGAAAACUGUCACACAGUACCAGAUUCUAGAAAUACAAAAAUAUCUUUAAAAUUAAGAUUUUUUUAUUUGUGAUAUUAAGAAUAUACAUGUUAGAAUUAAAGAUUUUGUUAACAUUUUGAAACAAAAGCUUAUUAUUCGAACCUAAUUACAUCAAGUGUUUUGCAAAUAAAAUUAUCCUCAAAUUACUUUUAAGUAGGUGCUGAGAUGAAAUACUGAGCUUUUAAUGUAAUCAUCAUGGUAGAAACGUUUUAGAAAUUCCCAAAAUUACUAAGAAAAUGUUAAUAAAGGAAAAUCAUAUUGCGGUACUUUUUGUUAAGUAAAAACCUUAGUAUCAUAUUUUUCUGUUGAUAGACUAACAAUUUUGUAACAUUUAACUAUUCUUUUUUGCUGUAGUCAUUCACAGAUAAUUAAACCUAACUUUAAAGUUUAUUUGACCGAACUAAAAGGUUCAGUUGAUGUUAACUUGCCUGAUAGUGCCAUACCAAUAUGAGUAAAAUAUAAUAAUAUCAGUGUAUUUUUAAACUUGUUUGUAGCUGUUAAGGAAAUAUAGAUUUAAAACUAAGGAAUAUCUCUUUGUAAUAUAGUGUAAAAUCCUCUGUACAACAUCGGAACAUUCCGCUUAAAGUAUAUUUUAACAUCAAAUACUUAAGUACAUAUACUUUUAUGAAUUGUCUACUUGUACUUAAUUGAAUAUUGGAAAACUGUAUUUACAUUGUUUAUUAUAACUUUUAGUCUGCUUCAUAAUGCUGUGUAAAAACAUGUUCGAAUUUUUUGAAAAAUAAUGAAUAGCAUUAGGGAUUCAGUUACUAAAAUCAAAGUGUUUGAAACUGCAAAUCUACAGAUUGAUGGUAGCGUGAUAUAUUUUGUUACUUUUAUACUAAAGUGGAAGCUUGGUUAGUUGAAGAUGUGAAACAUCUUUAGCGUCAGUUUUUUUUAGCUAAAUAAACAUAAAUUUAACAGUUUGAUCACUGCUAAUAGAGAAUUGGUUUAUAAGAAUAUUUGUGAUGAUUAUUAAUAUACCUUAUUUUUUUAGUAAUACCUUAAUAGCAUGUAUUAUUCAUGUCUUUUGUCUCGUUAAUUAAAAAUUUUUAUUUUGUAAGUUAUGUAUAUA